AUGACAGAUUCAUCAUCUUCCUUGAUUUUGGAUUUUGGACUGCUGUUGUAUUUGGAAGAGUUGAACAAAGAUGAAUUAAAUAAAUUCAAAUUACUCCUAAAGGAAGAACCCAUGAAACCUGGAAUUUGCCAGAUACCCUGGACUCAAGUAAAGAAGGCCAAUCGGGAGGGCCUGGCUAAUUUGAUGAAUGAAUAUUAUUCAAGAGAGCAGGCCUGGGAUAUGGCUCUCAAAAUCUUUGGAAAGCUGAAACUGAAGAAUCUGUGUGAGAGAGCAAAAUCGGAGCUGAACUGGGCAUCUCAGAACAAGAGACCCAAGGAUGCCAGAGUCGGAGAUAUACAAGAUGAAAAUGAUGCAGCAUUGGGUGAAGGAACAGAAUACAGAAUUCGAAUGAAAGAAAAGUAUUGCAUUAUGGAGGAUAAGGAAUGUUUGCUUGAAGAACCUGAGGAUUUUUGUCAUCGAAUUGCAAAGGAAGAUCAAAAGCUGUUGGAACAUUUAUUCAAAGUUGAUAUUGAAACUGGUGAACAGCCCCUGACAGUGGUACUUAAGGGCGCAGCAGGAAUUGGGAAAACUACCUUGAUGAAAAAGGCAAUGUUGUACUGGGCACAGGGAAAACUAUUUCAGCAGUUUACCUAUGUUUUUUAUCUAAAUGCAAGAGAAAUUAACCAGCUGAAAGAAAGAAGCUUUCUUCAAAUAAUAUCAAAAGAUUGGCCCAGUGAAGAAGGCCCUAUUGAAAGAAUUAUGUCAGAGCCAAGUCGUCUUCUUUUUAUUAUUGAUAGUUUUGAUGAAUUGAACUUCGCCUUUGAGGAACCUAAGUUUGCACUAUGCAAAGACUGGACCCAAGUACACCCAGUGUCUUUUCUCAUGAGUAGUUUGCUGAGGAAAGCAAUGCUCCCUGAGUCAACCUUACUAGUGACAACAAAACUCAUUGCUUGUAAGAAACUAAAGUCUUUAUUGAAGAGCCAAUAUUUUGUAGAGCUCCAGGGUAUGUCUGAGAAUGCAAGAGAAGAAUAUAUUUACCGUUUUUUUGAAGACAAGAAUAGUGCUUUACAAGUAUUCAGUUUAUUGAAAGAUAAUGAGAUGCUCUUUAACAUGUGCAAAGUUCCUAGAGUGUGCUGGAUUAUUUGCAGCUGUCUGAAGCAGCAAAUGGAGAAAGAUAAUAUCCUAACAACCUGUGACACAACCACAGCUCUUUUUACUUGCUACAUCUCUAACUUGUUUAUACAUACUGAUAAAAUCUCUUCUAAUACACCUACUGAACGUCAACUACGUAAACUAUGUCACUUGGCUCUCACUGGAGUAUGGACUAUGACCUACGUGUUUUACAAGGAAAAUGUAAGAAAGCAUGGGUUAACAUCUCCUGCUAUCUCAGGUUUCCUGAAUAUGAAUAUUCUUCAGAUGGACACAGAAUGUGAAAACUGCUAUGUAUUCACACAUUUACAUAUACAGGAAUUUUUUGCAGCUCUAUGUUAUGUAUUGAAAGACAGUUUGGAAGUCGGCAACUAUCCCUAUGUAUCUUUUAAAUAUGUCAAGCUGUUAAUUCAAAGCAGUACACAUAAAAACCCUCAUUUGACAAAGAUGAAAUGCUUUUUGUUUGGCCUUCUGAAUAGAGAUAGAAUAAAACAACUAGAAAAUAUUUUUAAUUGUCAAAUGUCCCUGGAGUUAAGACAGAAGAUUCUUGAGUGGUUGGAAAAAGUAGCAAACAGUGAAAAAUUUCUAUCACAGAUAGAAUUACUAGAGUUGUUUCAGUCUCUGUAUGAGACCCAAGAUGAAACAUUUGUAAUCGAGGCAAUGAGAUCUUUCCAAAAGAUUGUUGUUAAUAUUUGUAAGAAAACUCACUUGCUUGUGUCUUCGUUCUGCCUUAAGUACUGCCACUGUUUACAGAACAUUAAACUAUCUAUAAAUUUGGAAUCUGAGAAGAUGAUAAACCCAGUUCCAGAAGCUGAAAUUUGGAAAGGGGAUGGUGGUUGUAUUUCUCAUUGCUGGCAAGAUCUUUUUUCUGUGCUUCAUACAAAUGACCACUUGAAACAGGUGGAUAUUUGUAAUGGCCAUCUUGAUGAAUUAGCAGUGAAGACCCUAUACCAAGAACUAAAAAACUCCAACUGUAAACUACAAAAACUAAUGUUGAGAUAUAUUUCUUUCCCUGAUGGAUGUCAAGAUAUAUUUCAUUCUUUGAAGACCAACCAGAAUCUGAUACAUCUUGAUCUUAAAGGGAGUGAUAUAAAGGAAGUUGGAGUGAAGUCAUUAUGCGAAGCCUUGAAAAACCCAGAGUGUAAAUUGCAGAAACUGAACUUAGAAAACUGUGGCUUUACAGUAGCUGGUUGUAAGGAUCUUUCUUUGGCUCUCAUCAAUAAAAGGCUGACACACUUAUGCUUGGCAGACAACGUCUUGGAAGAUGAUGGUAUAAAGUUUAUAAGUGAUGUCUUGAAAGAGCCACAGUGUACUCUACAGAGUCUUGUGCUGAAGAAUUGUCAUCUCACUUCACUUGGUGGUAAAUAUCUCUCAGCCUCUCUUCUACAAAAUAAGAGCUUGACACAUUUGGAUCUGGGGUCAAACAGACUACAGGAUGAUGGAAUAAAACUCCUAUGUGCUGCCUUCCAGAAUCCAUGCAGUGCUCUUCAGGAUCUGCAAUUGGUGAACUGUGUUCUCACUAAUGCAUGCUGCCUGGAUCUGGUUUCUGCUAUUUUAAAUAACCCAAACUUGCACAGCCUGGAUGUUGGGAACAAUUACUUGCAGGAUGAUGGAAUGGAAAUUCUGAAUAAGGCUUUCAGACAUCCAAACUGUAACAUUAAAAGGCUUGGGUUGGAAUGCUGUGGUUUGACUUCUGUCUGUUGUAAGGAGCUUGCCUCUAUUCUUAGCAGCAACCAAAAGCUGGUAGAAAUAAACUUGGCACAGAACACCUUAGGAUGUGAAGGAAUUAUGAAAUUGCAUACAGUCUUGAAGUCUCCAGAUUGUAAACUACAAGUUCUAGGGUUGUGCAAAGAAGCAUUUGACAAGGAAGCACAGAAGCUGCUAAGAGAUGUGGAACUUAGUAAUCCACAUCUAGUCAUUAAACGCAAAUGUAUUGACCCUACUGAAGAUGUUUCUUGGUGGCAGUGUUUAUAA